GGUUCGUUUUCCACUCAGUAACAGGAAGGCCUUCCCGAGACUUUGUCAUACCUACCUGUUACACUGCCAGAACACUAGGGAGCCAAACCCACGUCUUUACCCUGAAGCAAGCUCUCAUGCCCACUGAGUCAUCUUCCCAGGCCCCUUGUGUUGUGGGGAUUGGACCCGGACAUCACAUGUGAGUGAGGCUCUACGGCUCCCAGGGGCUCCUUUCAGGACUCAUAGAAACCUUCUGCACCUUGGUGAUGGCACAAAGGGACUGUUUUCUUACUUAAUGACUGCCAAGAAGGAAGGUGAAGGUAGACCGCUUGUCUCUCCUGGUGGCUUCGAGCCUCAGACCGUGGCAUCGAACCCCUUUCAGAGCCCGAGGACAAGGCUCACCUGAACUAGUGAUCAGAGUCAUGAGUAAAACAUCUUGCUCUUUCCUUACUGAGAAAGACUUUCAAGAUGGACAGAUAGAAAGUGUCUCUGUUGGGCUCUCUUCGUCGUACAAGGACAACGGUGCACUCAUGGCUUUCAGAGGAAUUCCUAUCUCAGAGCUGAAGAACCAUGGCAUUCUCCAGGCGUUGACUGCAGAAAGUAAUGGAUGGCAGCCAGGCGUUGUGAGUGCAGAAAUGCUCAGAGCCCAGGAAGAGUGGGAAGUGGUGGACACCAUCCAUCCAGACGGAGAGAGUGGGGUCAGCUCCCAGCAGCCGGGCCAGCUCAUCUCCUUCAGCGAGGCCCUGGAGCACUUCCAGACUGUGGACCUUUCCUCUUACAAGAAAAGAAUCCAACCAACUAUUCAAAGGACUGGGCUCGCUGCCCUCCGGCAUUGCCUCUUUGGACCUCCAAAGCUGCACCAGGGUCUUCGGGAAGAAAGAGACUUGGUUCUCACCAUUGCUCAGUGUGGCCUGGACAGCCAAAACCCAACGCAUGGCCGAGUGCUCCAGACCAUCUACAAGAAGCUGACUGGCUCCAAGUUCGACUGUGCCCUUCACGGAGACCACUGGGAAGACCUGGGCUUCCAGGGAGCAAACCCAGCCACUGACCUCAGGGGGGCAGGCUUCCUGGCCCUCCUGCACCUACUGUACCUAGUCAUGGACUCAAAGACUUUGCUGAUGGCCCAGGAGAUCUUCCGCCUGUCUCAUCACCAUAUCCAGCAAUUCCCCUUCUGUUUGAUGUCUGUGAACAUCACCCGGAUUGCCAUCCAGGCCUUGAGGGAAGAGUGCCUCUCCAGGGAGUGCAACCGUCGGCAGAAGGUCAUCCCAGUGGUAAACAGCUUCUACGCGGCUACUUUCCUUCACCUGGCACGCAUGUGGAGGACCCAGCAGAAGACGAUUUUAGAUUCAGGUUUUGUCCUCAAAGACUUGGAAGCAUUGGCCAAGAAGAGCCCAAGACGGCUGCUCAAGACCCUGGACGAGUACCUAGCUCAGGUGUCAAAGGGACAGUCCUCCUUGUUGGAGGCACAGAAGUGCCCUGGGUCACAGGGACCUCACUCCAAGGAUCUCACGUUCACAGGCGUGUGUGACCUCCAGUCUCAUUCAUUUGAGAGUACAGGGUUGAUCUGACCCACCACAGAGACCAUUCCUAGAAAGACAGGCUGGGCCGCUGGAGCUUUCCGAACUAAAGAACUGUGUCUGGGCCAAAGCCCUCCAUGCCUUUGCAGGUGAGUUAGGAAGCUCCCAGGUGUGGGUCGUGACGCCCACUAUUCUACACCAGCAUAGCUCAUUCAGGCAGCUAGAAUUACCCUCCAUGCCAUCUUCGAAGCAAGGAGUCUUCUGUCCUUCCCAGCUGGGCUCCCAGUUCACAGGGUUGGACUCCCGAUAUCUCAGUGGAAGUGAACAGACCAUGAGGCCAGACAGCCCUCUCUGAAUUGUCUACACAUCUGCACCUAGAGGGAGAGACCGUGGAAGCAACAGCUAAGAUUCUGACUCAACAGCCGUCCCCAGUCUUUGGUUGGAAUUGGAAAGACAGAGACAGCAAUAUCUUCAACCAGCAGGGGGCAGCACAAUACAGAGAAAGUGGCCCUCUUCCUCCUGCUACCGGUUUCAAGACACUUGUUUCCAUGCUUCCUUGCUCUUUCCCCUCCCCUCUCCUUUGCCCACCAUUGUUUGUAAUCUAGAAAUGGGCACUCUAUCUGGCUAGACUGGUCAUCAAGCACCCCAGCCCCACUGCCCACAGGCUGGAGUUCCUAUGGAGACCACUGGUUAUCUAGCCUGGUUGAGAGGCAAAGUAACCUCACCCACCCACAGUUUUAAAAUAAAGGAAUUGUUAUAAUCUCCA